CAAGAGUCCUCGUACCAUAACAAUUAAUUUCUCUUUAUCCUUUCGUUCGCUCUUCCUCAAGGACCUCUAAGAACUACAUACUACAAUGGGAGGGCCUUCCUUACCCUUUCCGAGGUCUAUCCACGUCGAUACCAGAGGAGCAGUCAUCUUAUCUGAGGAGUCUCCCGAGACUCGGGACAGCAGGGGUAUAUACCUUCCGAAUUAUAUCGAACCGAUCUCUCACAUUGCAGUCGACGUCGGGGGUUCACUCGCCAAAGUAGUCUAUUUUACACGCUCUCCAGACCCACCGGAUUCGCCAUCAGUAGCUGCAACGAGAGGGUCGAGCACACCUAGCGAUCUAUCAAGUCCCCGCUCUAGCUCUCCCGUCACAGGUUCACCCUCUGGAUCGAGUUCAAAACAUAAUGGUGCUUUGACACCGUUGGUCUUGGACAAGCAGAACCCUCUCGACGGGUUUACACACAUAGGAAGUGAUCUCGUCCGAGAUUCCAUGCUCCGAAGGACCUCGCAGCAUUUCCCUGGCGGUUCGCUCAACUUCGAGAGAUUUGAAACCAGCAACAUCCACGAAUGCGUCGAAUUUAUUCAGAACCUCAUCGAACGCUCGGCGAAGAUUAAUAAUGUAUCACUCGAGGAGAUGAGGAAGGGUGUGAAGAUCAUGGCAACGGGCGGAGGUGCACACAAGUUUUACGAGCUUUUCGAGGGGACUUUAUGUGUCGAAGUCCGGAAAGAAGACGAGAUGGAGUGUUUGAUUGAGGGUUUAAAGUUUUUCACCCUCAUCCCGGACGAAGUAUACUAUUUCUCCGACGAACUGAUUCAGUCUGUUCAACACCUGUCUUCCCCCAAUCCGAAUCUUCCGACUCCUUCUGCCACCGAACUAGAAAGACCAAGCCCAGAUCCCCCUCAAUUCGCUGUCACAUUUGAGAGCAACCCCACCGCCCAGUUGCCCUGUCUUCUUGUCAAUAUAGGAUCUGGUGUAUCCAUAAUUAAGGUCGAUGAAGAUGGUCGAUUCGAGCGUGUGAGUGGGACGAGUUUGGGAGGAGGUACACUUUGGGGUCUGCUCAGUCUCCUGACGCCAGCAACCUCUUUCGAUGAAAUGCUUAACUUGUCAGAACAGGGCGACAACGCUACUGUAGACAUGCUAGUCGGCGAUAUAUACGGUCAAGAUUACAGCCGCUUGGGUCUCAAGUCGACCAUGAUUGCUAGUUCAUUUGGAAAGGUGUUCAAAAAAGGGGGUGAAAAGAAGAACUUCUCGCCCGAAGACCUCAGCAAAAGUUUGUUAUAUGCUGUAUCCAACAACAUCGGGCAGAUAGCGUAUAUGAAUGCAGAAAAAUAUAAUCUAGAUCGGAUCUAUUUCGGUGGUUGCUUUAUUCGAGGACAUGCCGCAACGCUGACUACACUGUCAUAUGCCAUACGGUUUUGGAGCAAGGGUACCAAACGCGCUUUGUUCCUCCGUCAUGAAGGUUUCCUCGGUUCGAUUGGUGCGUGGAUUAAGAAUAUCGCACCAGAAGAAGAAGCGGCAACUACCACUGUACCAUGAGCGUUUAUUGAUUCACUCAGAUGGAUAAUUCCUUGUAACUUUACUUGACGACGUAUAAUCUGUAUCUUAAUUCUUUAUUUACAAGCAACCUGUAUUAGAAGUACAUAAAUCACUAGCGCUUUCGUGC